ACCAGGAGCUGGAAAUACCCCAAAAUAAUUGUAUUUAUUAUUAAUUAGAUGUGCAUUGUGCAUGUAUUUAUUCAUUAAAAAGGGCACAUUUAUGCCCCAAAUGUGCAUUCAGUGCAAACACAUGCAGGUUUCUGAUGCGUAACAUGGUGAUCAAGUGGCUUUCUGGAGAAGACUCCUUUGCGUAACCGGUGCGUUCAGCUUCCAUGGAUAACCGAAUGGGGAGGAACACAGGCGUUUCUCCACCUAUUAGUAUCAGGCGUUGGAAAAAAAACAUCUGACAACCUGUAUACCUGCAACACGGAAGUCAAGACGAACUGAGACCAGAUUCGGGGCAGGAGAACUUUGCUUUUUUUUAUUAUUAUUAAUUGAUUUAUUACAAACUCCAGGACACUUUAGGUUCCACUCCAUAGAUCUACAUCCCAACAAAAACCCCAAGAAACAAGCAACAUUUGCAGAGAUGCUGGGUUGUUAGAUCGUUUGGAGGAACGUUUGGAGAGAAGGUUUGGAGAUGUCGUCCGAAGGAGAAGGUGAGACGAGGAAGGAGAUGAACAGCGGCGAUGUGAACCGCGCGCUCACCGAGUUCGCGGUGUUCCUGGCGCGGUGCGCGGUGCUGCUCUACCCGGUGUAUGUGUGCGGUGCGCUCGGCUUGAGCGCCAGCUGGCUGCUGCUCACGGUGCUGCUGUGGGGCCUGUGGGAAAAGAACCGGCGGCGCAAGGGCGAGCGAGUGGAUGCCGCCAUCGACUUUGUGGAGAACGAAUGCCACGUGAUCAAGAGCGAGAUGAUCAAGGCGCUCAACUCGCCCACCUGGGUUCAAUUUAAUGAAGUUGAGAAAGCUGCCUGGAUCAACAAGAUCCUUCAGCAAGCCUGGCCGUUUUUUGGUGUCUUCAUGGACAAACUUCUGAAAGAGAACAUCCAGCCCUCUAUUAGGCAAUCCAGUCCUCACCUUAAGACCUUUACUUUUAACAAGGUCCACUUUGGCCAAAGGGCUCCAACAAUUACAGGAGUACGAGCGUACACACAUGAAGUGGACAUGAGGGAAGUCAUCCUAGACUUCAACAUUGCUUACGUGGGAGAUAUUGACAUCGAUGCAGAAAUCAAGCCACGCCUCUCAGCAGGAGUUAAAGAACUUCAGCUUCAAGGGAUGCUCCGUGUGAUUCUUAGCCCCUUGAUUGGCCAGUCCCCACUUGUAGGCGGGGUCACAAUGUUUUUCAUCCGUCGACCUACAUUGCACUUGAAUUGGACCGGCAUGACCAAUCUCCUGGAUGGUCCAGGACUCCGAAACUUUUCAGAGUCGGCUAUUCUGGACGUCAUCGCUUCUACUAUGGUCCUACCAAAUCGUCUGUGUUUCCCAUUAAUUGACCAAGUCAAGGUGGAUCAAAUGAGAUUUCCACUGCCCCGAGGUGUGGUACGUGUUCAUGUGCUGGAGGCUGAGGAUUUAAAGGCCAUGGACACAAAAAUGAUGGGACUUGUAAAGGGCAAGUCUGAUCCUUAUGCAGUCCUUACGGUCGGCAAUCAGCGCUUCAAAACGAAGACCAUUAAAGAGACCCUGAACCCCAAAUGGGAAGAAGUGUAUGAGUUUGUGGUUCAUGAGGCUCCUGGCCAGGAGCUAGAAGUGGAGCUCUAUGAUGAGGACACAGACAAGGAUGACUUCAUGGGCAGGUUUAAUCUGGAUUUUGGUGAGGUGAAGAAGGAAAGAGAGAUAAACAAGUGGUUCCUCCUGCAGGAGAUCGAGAAAGGAAAAGUGCACCUGAAACUCCAGUGGCUCUCUCUGCAGACGGAUAAGGAGCUACUGAAAGAGGCCACGGAUCGCUGUGCCUGUGCCAUGCUUGCCAUAUAUUUGGACAGUGCGUCUAGCCUUCCUAAAGACCAGAACGAACUGAACCAGCUUGAGAAGCACGGGAAACAACCCAAAGAGGCGAGGCUCACGAGAAGGCAAAACAACCCCAGCUCUUAUGUGAAGUUCUCCAUCGAUCAACAAAGCCAGAAAAGCAAGACCGUGUAUGCCACCAGAGACCCUGUUUUUGAGCAGUACUUCACAUUCUUUGUGCACAAGGUGGAAAGCCAGGUGCUUAAUAUUCAGGUGAUGUUGGCUGAGAAGAAGAAUUCACUGGGCAUGCUCACUCUGCCUCUCCUCCGACUGCUCAACACCUCGGACCUGACUCUGGACCAAUGCUUCCAGCUGGAACGUUCCGGCACCAACAGCCAGCUCAAGAUGAAAGCCAUCCUCCGGAUCCUGAAACUUGAGAAGCCCAUGCCCAGAGAUCCAAAACCUCAAACAGGGAACCAGGUCAAAGAACCUCGGCUCGAGCAAUCCCAGCCCCAGUCUUCUCUCAACUCCAUGAAACCUGAGGACACCAACCAGGCUUCCAAGCAGGUUCCUAUCAGCUCUUCUGGUAUUUCCCAGGCUGAGUAUAUGAGUCGUAGAGGUUCUCUAAUGGUCUCGGACAGCCGCCUGGCGGGCUCGACACGAAUGCGGCGCUAUGACUCGCACAGCCUCCUCUCUGAAAACUCCAUCGCUUCUUCACGCUUCGACCUGCUCGAGGGUGUCCCUUAUCCAGACGCCAUCCUGAACCACCAGGGCGGCUUUGGGCAGAUCCAACUGACGGUACGCUACGCCACCCUGAGGAACAAACUCACUGUGACCGUCAUCAACUGCAGAAACCUGUUCCCCUGUAACUCCAACGGCUCGGACACCUACGUCCGCAUUUACCUGCUUCCCGAACAGACGUGGAAACACCGCAAGCGCACAAAAGUGAAGCGGAAAACGGUCGAUCCAGAGUUCGAUGACAAGUUCGAGUUUUCUGUGCCACUGGAGGAAGUCAGGAGCAGGAAGUUAGAUGUUUCGGUGAAGAACAAUCGAAUGUUCCAUACCAGAGAGAGGAAGGAGAUCGGGAUGGUCCUGAUUGAUCUGGCUCAGCUGGAUCUCGUGAAAGGCUCCACAGAAUGGUACGAUCUCAGUAUCCCAGGACUGAAGAAAUCGACCUGAAGAUCAGCCGCAUACAAGAUCACCGAUUAUACGGACUUUAGAAGUUCCUUCAUUCCUGCCCUCUGUUUACAGCUUUAUUGCUGAAUUUCUCUCUUACCUCUCAGGAAGUCCGAUCACGGCACAUAGACGAUCUUUAUUUAUAAUUCAGUACUUUUUAUCAAAAUUGCACUGUAUUGUACAUAUUAUUUUUCACCUGAUCAUUUGUUCCUUUUCUUUUCUUUCUUUUUUUUUUUGUUGUUUUCUUUGCACUCCAUGCUGAAUGCCAACUUUUUUAUUACACUGGAAGCGCUGGUUCUGCUUUUGUUUUGUUUACUUGCACUUUUAUUCAUUCUCUGUUAAUGUUCUUUGGUGCGAGUUUUUAUUAUAUUUCUGGACUCAAAAAUGGUAUCCUAUAUUUACAUUAUAUGGACCAAAAGUAUGUGGACACCUGACUAUGUAAUUCUUUGAACAUCCCAUACCACAUUUCAUCCCCAUUUGCUGUUCUAAUGACCUCCACUCUUCUGGGAAGAUGUUGGAGCGAUUUCUUUAUACAACGACGUAAAUUACAGGAGGUAGCUGAGGUGAGCAGACCAGCUCAAUACCCUAGGCUACUUUAGAUCUUUCACCAGAACCCAUGUAAACCUAAUGGAGCUUUGGGUCUCCUAGAUCAAAUGAAGGUUGGGGAAAGUAUACUUUUGUGCAUAUAGUAUAAAUAUAAAUGUGUGUAUACUCUCAUAAGCUGGUCUUUCUGUACUAGGAAAUGUUACACAUUUUAAUACGUUGUUUAUUGGUUGUACGAUGUUGCAUGAUGUUCCUCGAUGGAUCCAGUUCCUCACAAGCCAAACAUGCAAGUAUACAAACUCCAUAAUGACGUCCUUAACAAUUACUUUACGAUUAAAAGCUGAUAUGAAACAUUUUUCCUCA